AUGCGGUCGCUUUCAAUCCUCACAAUAUUAUCUUCGCUCACAAUUGCGUCUCAUGGAGCUUCUCUUAGCGGGAAGAUAGUCGGUCGUGAUACCACACUGUUGUCUAGUUAUGACUUUAUUGUUGUGGGUGGUGGAACAAGUGGACUUGUCGUGGGAAAUAGAUUAUCAGAGAAUCCAGCGACAACUGUUCUCAUUAUUGAGGCUGGUGAACUUGAUCAGGGAGAAGACUUCAUAUACAUUCCACUUUACGCAGGAAUUGGGAAUGGUGCGAUAGGAACACAGUAUGACUGGAAUUUAACUUAUGCUCCCCAGUCAGCUACAAACAACAGAUCAAUUGCCAUACCACUCGGUAAAGUUGUAGGCGGUGGCUCUUGUUUGAACAAGAUGACUUUCGAUCUUGCUGGAAAAGAAGACUAUGAUCGUUGGACAGAAGUAGGAGCAGUUGGUUGGAAUGAACUCUUUCCAUAUUUCAAGAAAUUAACUAAUUUUACACCACCUGCACCUGAAAUUGCAGAAGAAUGGGAUAUUCAAACGGAUCCUUCAGCACAUGGAUACAAAGGCCAUGUCCAUUCAAGUUAUCCAACAUUUAAUUGGCCAUCAUCCAAGUACUUUUUUGCGUCCAUGAAAUACCUCGGAAUACGUAAGGUGUUCGACUCUUUGAAUGGGGAUGCAAAUGGUGCCCUGUGGAAUCCACAAUCACUAGAUCCAGACACUAAGACCCGCUCAAAUUCUAGAACCGCUUAUUGGAAUAGUGCAAGUAAUCGAACCAAUUUGCACCUCUUAACGGGCCAACAGGUGACGAAACUGAUGACUAAAAUAAAUGAUGAAGGGGUUGCAAUCAUUGGUGUAGAGUAUGCAGCUGGCUCCAAUUUUUCAGGAUCAACCGUGCUUGCGGCGAAGGAGGUAGUUCUCGCAGCUGGUGCUAUUCAUUCACCUCAGCUGCUCCAACUCUCUGGAAUUGGAAGCUCUUCUUUACUUAAACAAUUCAGUAUCGAAACUGUGGUGAGCUUGCCAGGAGUUGGGGCGAAUUUCCAAGAUCACCCAUUGCUCAGAGCUAGUACCACUUUGGACAUUUACCUUUCCGCGAACAAUUUGACCAGUAAUGCGACUUUCAAUGCUGAGAUGCUAGCAUUGUAUAGGCAUAACAGAACUGGUCCAUACUCCACAGAAGGGGGAGGUGCAUAUGCAUUUAUUGGAACCCGUUCUUUCACCAAUGCAACCUCACAGAUUGUAUCCUCCGCCUCAUCUAUCACACCGGCAUCAUAUUUACCAUCCGAUGUCGACUCGACUAUCUUAGCAGGAUAUGAAGCCCAAUACAAGAUCCUCACUCGAGAUCUCGCAUCCAACAAAAUGCCAAUAAUGGAAUUCAUUUUCGGAGGGGGACCAGUUUUUACUGGUCUUCAGCAUCCAUUUUCCCGUGGCUCGGUCGCGAUCACAUCCGCCGAUCCUUUCACUUCCCCAUCAGCAAAGCCAGGAUUUCUUACUCAUCAGACAGAUCUUCUUCUAUUAAGCGCCGCAGCUAAAUAUGCUCGUAAAAUAAUAAACACACCAAUAUUCGCACCACUAUCGCCGGUUGAGACAGUACCAGGCCCGAGAGUACAAACAGAUGCGGAUUUUGAGGCAUGGGUUCGUUCGACUAUUGGAACGACAUUUCAUCCAAGUGGCACUACCUCUAUGAUGAAGAGACAAUAUGGAGGAGUUGUGGAUUCCAAUUACAAGGUAUAUGGGGUCAAUAACUUGAGAGUAGUUGAUGCGGGUACGUUUCCAAUGAUACAGAGUGCGCAUUUACAAGUGACUGUGUAUGCCAUGGCUGAGAGAGCUUCCGAUGCAAUUAAGAAGUCAUGGAGGCUUUGA